AUGUGGAGACUUGCUAGAAACAUUCUUCCCACUCGAGACAACCUUAGUAAAAAAGGUAUUACUCUUGAUCGAUCCUGUCCAUUCUACAAUUCAAAGGUUGAAAUAAUGCACCAUGUUUUUCUUGAUUGUAUCUUUGCUAAGCAGACCUUUUUCUCAUCCAUGCUUAGCCUUAGAACUCUAUCAAAUAUUGAUAUAUGUAGUUGGCUUAAGAAGUAUUUGGCUUCUAAGGAUUCCUUAGUUUGUCAACUCAUUAGUGCUACCCUUUACAAAAUAUGGUUGGCAAGAAAUUCGGUUGUUUUUUGUGCUAAGACAUCCUCCCCUUUGCAAGUGGCUACAAAGGCUCUUGACAUGGUGCAAGAGUUCAACUUCUGGAAUGAAAACAAGAAGAGCAAGUCCUCUCCCAAUACUAAAGAGUUUGGAUCCAUUGGAAAUGUUGUCAUCAUCCAGGUUGACGCAGGUGUUUUUAAAGAUGGCUUGUCAGCUUUUGGUUGUUUAGUCAAGAACCACGAAAAUAAAGUCCUACUCUCAGCGAGCAAAUCUGAAAGAAGACUAUUUGAACCUACUGUUGCUGAAUGUCUUGCUAUUAGAUGGCACAUAUAA